AUGAACCUGACUCUCACUACUACCAGCAUCACCAUACAGCCGUCUGCAACAAUGGCCAACCGAGCUCCUACCCUUCUGGACCACUUCCACGAUCAACUGCAAAAGCACUCUUCAUCAGUUGCGAUCGAAGAUGGAACACAGUCUGCAGACCAGGGAGCCUGGGAAAGGGUCACAUAUGCCCAGCUCGAUGCUCUGUCCGACAGUUGGAGCAAACGUCUUCGCCAGGCCGGCGUGGGUGCAGGCUGUAUAGUUCCCCUUCUAUCGAAGAGAUCAGUCGCAAUGGUAGCAGCGACAUUGGCGAUCUUGAAACUCCGCGCCGCCUAUGUGUCCAUCGACAUCGACUCGUGGGGAAAAGAUCGAAUAGACACUGUUUUGAAGACUGUCAACCCGCAAAUCAUUGUAUCAACAUCGCCGUGUCCAAAAGAUCAUUACCCGUACCCAGUUGUGGCGUUGGAGCGGAACGACUUCGAUGAGACUGUAACGAGUAACGGGACUCAAUGGACACGAAACGAUGAGGACUCGAUCGAUAGAGGAAACGAUCUAGCCUAUAUUAUCUUCACGUCCGGUACGACAGGGAUACCGAAAGGAGUGAAGAUAGGCCAGAGAUCAAUUUCUCGUUAUGUGAAAGAAGGGGGCGAUCUGCCAUUCAAUUUCAACACCACACAUGGCACAAGGGUGUUACUCAUCUGUUCCAUCGCUUUUGACGUCUGUGCCGGAGUCAUGUUUAACACCCUCUGCAACGGGGGAACCUUGGUCCUGGCCGAUCCGUCAACCUUUGAAACCGCGGCCAAAACAUGCCAUGUUUUGCCAUUGACUCCAAGUAUCCUGGUUACACUGGACCCUAAGGCGGGCUUUGAUACGGUGGAAAAGAUCUUCCUCGGUGGUGAAAGCCCAAGCCCGUCCUUGAUAGAGGCAUGGUCCUCUCCCCGCCGACGGCUCUACAACGCCUACGGACCUACCGAGACGACAUGUACAGCGUUUAUGGGAGAACUCUUGCCUGGGUCUCCGAUUACUAUUGGAUACCCAAUCUCAUACAGCACUGUCACAUUACUUGAUGAGGAUGGUAUGGAAUCCGUCGAAGGAGAAAUCUGCAUUGCUGGCCUAGGUCUCGCAUUGGGCUAUUUCCAUGAUCCAGAGCGCACAAACAGCGCUUUUGUCGAAUGGAACGGGGUCAGAAUCUACAAAACCGGGGACUAUGGCAGGCGGACCAAGCAUGGGCUACAGUUUUGCGGUCGCAGGGACAGUGUGGUCAAGAACAGGGGCUUCCUGAUCAACCUCGAAGCAGAUGUCGAGCCUGCUCUACUGUCCUACGACAAAGUUGACAGUGCAUCAGCGUUCAUGUCUCAGGGGCAACUCAUCGCUUUUGUCACACCUACAUCUGCCAAAGAGGGACUCCGCGAAUAUCUUGCGAAUACGGUAUCGUCGUUCCUCGUCCCCGAUACGAUAUAUUCGCUAGACGAAUUUCCCAGAACAAGCAACGGAAAAGUCGACCGACGAAGCCUAAUGCGUAUGCAUGAGCUAGAGCAAGGAUCAGAUACGGCCAGUCUUGAGAGAGGCCUUGGUGCAGUGGAAUCCGUUCGUCGAGGAUUAUCUCAUGUCCUCCGCCUGCCAGAAUCGCAAAUUCUUCCGGCUUCGUCUUUUCGCCAUCUAGGUGGCCAUUCACUAGCAGCAGUCAUGUUAGUUUCGGUUCUGAGGAGAAUGGGCUUCGGUAUCAGUGUCGCCGAGGUGCUUUUGUUGGAUACAGUCGAAAAUAUAGCUGCCGCUGUCGUGGAGUUGAGCGAUAUCCCGCAUGCCCUUUCUGCCCAGGAAGAUUUGAUAGAACGACUAAGGCACGAUAUCUCAACAACCCGGCCGCUUGAUGAAGGUGUGACAAUUGCACCUAUGACCGACAUGCAAACCAGAUUGCUCGGUGCUAGUGUUGCUACUCCAGGUCUUUCAUUUAUCAAGACAUCAUUUACCUUGGAUCAUCCAGAGAAAGAAGACCUUACAUCUACUCUCCGUGCUGCUUGGGUUCGUCUUCAUCAGACGCACGAGAUCCUGAGGACUGCAUUUGUCUUGACUGCAUCAAAUGGGACCCAAAUAAUCUCCCAAGAACCGGACUUUUCGUGGAAGGAGAAAUUCGUCACAGAAUCGGAGUGGGAGUCAGUUUGUCGACGCGAAGAGCAUCUGGACGUGGCCGACUUCCCCGACUUUGACGCAGAGAACCGAGCUUCGUUGUCAAGAGUUGUCUUGAUUAUCGCUCCGAGGAGACGAACCCGGUUUGUCUGGACGGUUCAUCACAGCUUGAUUGACGGAUGGUCGAUGGCAACUCUGAUGCGAGAUUUCGCCUCUUGUCUCGAUGGUAAACCCAUCCCGGCACCACCCCAAUUUGCUCAAGUUGCGCAAGCAAUAGGUCAGCUUAAGGCUGAGUCCUCGGAUAGAGCCGUUUCAUUUUGGAAAGAGUACUUAGACGGAUACACUCCUGCUCAGAGACUUCGAGUAUCACCACCCUCUGAUGUCAGCGACUAUACACAAGCAGCUUUAUCUCGAAAACUCACUGUCAGCGUGUCUGCCCUGGAGGAUGCUGCUAGGGAUCGAUUUGCAGUUACACCGGCCACACUUCUUUACGCCGCUUGGGGACUUCUCCUCUCCAGGUAUUCUGGCACAGACCGCGCAGCGCUCGGAGCUGUUCUAUCUGGAAGAAGCUUGCCUAUACCUGGUGUAGAAAACAUCAUCGGGCCAUUGAUCAAUACUUUACCACUAGCAAUAAACACUCAGGAGGCCCAGUCCACAUACAGUUUUGUACAAAGUGUGUUUAGAAGGCUGUGUGACAUCCUAGAGUUCCAAUGGUCUCCUGUUGCAUUGAUUCAAGAAGGCUGUGGGUGCAAUCCGUCAGAGCUUUUUGAGACACUCUUUGCCUUGCAGUAUGACUUUCCACAGACACCCUGGAAGUCAAGCGAGGUCCCUGAGCCAAGGGAUAUACGUUAUGAGGAAGCCACUCAGGUCCCACUCACCGUUCUAUUGGAUAACGCCAAUGGCCAAUUCGAGGUUCGAUUUAUUUAUCGCCGGUCACAUUUUGGUGAUGCAACUGUUCAGAGAAUGAUUGGCCAGUUUGGUAAUCUCCUUGAGAACCUGAUUGCUGCGCAACCAGACACGGACUUGAGCAAUGUCACCGGACAAAUGUUCAACAAUCGAGUGUAUGAGAUGUCGAUUGCGAAGCCAGGGCAGCCGGUCAGCGCCUGUAAAGUGCCAGAAAGUUUAACGGAGGCUAUUGAAAACUCUAUCCAAGCGCAUCCUGACAUCUAUGCUGUCGAAGGGUUGACGGGGCGCCUCACGUAUAGGGAGUUUGGAAGGAUGACGGAGCAUAUCUCCCAGCGUCUUUUGCAGCACAUCCAGCCCGGGAGCGUGGCCUGUAUGAUUAGCGAUGGCUCUCUUCUUUGGCUUCUGGCCAUGGUUGCGAUAAUCAGAGCCGGUGCUAUCUACUGUCCAGUAGAUGAGAAACUGCCUCGCGAUAGAAAAGACUACAUGGUUCGAAAUAGCAGAGCAGCAUUGAUCCUCUACGCCAAUUCCAGUCAGGAACCGUUGUGCAAUGGGGUUCCGUCUCUAAACAUGGAGUCUAUUAUGCAGGAAAUAUCUUCAUCUUCCGGCUCACCGAUUGCAACCAGUCGCAAUCGUCCCAGCGGUGAUACUGUUGCAUGCUUGGUCUAUACUUCAGGAAGUACGGGCUUGCCUAAAGCGGUCCAGCUGCAGCACAAAGGUAUUUUAAAUGUGAUUUCCCAGCCAGAAGGACGAUUGUACUCCCGUCCGGGCCAGCGCAAUGCGCAGAUGCUGUCCCUUGGGUUUGAUUGCUGCAUCAAGGAAGUCUUUUCCACCAUAUGCUUUGGCGCCACUCUGGUCCUAAAAGACCCCGAGAACCCCAUAUCCCAUCUUGCGAGAGUCGACGCUACGAUGGCAACUCCGUCCCUACUUGCAACCUUGGAACCCACAGACUAUCCCAACCUGAAGGUAAUCACUGUUGCUGGAGAAGCCGUAUCCCAAGUUCUCAACGAUAAAUGGGCGGCCGGACGAACUUUGAUCAACGGGUACGGUCCUGCCGAGUGCACCUUGAUAUCUACAACAGCGAUUCUGCACCCAGGAAACAGAGUGUCCAUCGGUAAACCACUUCCGGGCUUGUCAUGCUAUCUUCUCGAUUCCAAUAAACGUCCCGUGCCAAUGGGAGUGAGCGGAGAAAUCUAUAUUUCGGGAGUGCAGGUCACUCCGGGGUAUCUUCACAACGAGCAAGAGACAUCUAAACGCUUCCUUAGCGACUCGUUCAACCCUGGCCAAGUAAUGUAUCGGACAGGUGAUAUUGGAAGAAUGCUGGAGGAUGGAAACAUCGAGUAUAUCGGACGAGAAGACAAUCAAAUCAAACUCCGCGGGUUUCGCAUUGACCUUGGGGAGGUCCAAAGCACAAUUUCCAAACUAGCCUCAACGGCUAGCAAUGUUGCGCUCAUUGUGUCUAAUGGAAACCUUGUUGCCUUUAUGACCCCUGAGACCAUUGAUGUCAGAAGCUUAGCCAAAAGCCUUGAGACACAGCUCCCACAGUACGCCGUCCCAAAUCGGAUCAUCGCGCUUGCGACACUUCCUACCUCGGCGAAUAACAAGGUCGACUCGUCCGCAUUGCAGAGGUAUCUGAGGGAUCAUGGAAAGGAUGGUGCUGUUGUUGAAGACCUUGAGACGGAUACGCAACGAGUUCUAGCGGUGAUAUGGGCGGACAUGCUUGGGCGUGAUCUGAACCAGACGCCCAUCAGUCCCAGUGACCGGUUCUUUGAGCUCGGAGGACACUCCUUACUGCAGAUCAAAGUCGCUCAAGCCAUCUCCAAACGCUGGAAUAUCCGGCCGUUGCCACUCAAACAAGUAAUUCGCCAUCAUAGCCUUCAAGAUCUGUCUCUUGCCAUCGACGAACUUGUAAGCGACCCGCGUACAGUUUCAACAAUGCCCUUCCUGGAGAUGACCCCGGUGGCGCGGAACGGCCAGCUCCCACUGUCGUACCUCGAGAAAGAAAUGCUGCUCAACCACCUCAUAUCUGGCGGCUCGCCGGCCGGAAACAUGAACUUCGUUUGCAAGAUCCGGGGUGACAUCAACGCCGAAACCCUGGCAGACGCGUUUCAGAGGGUUACAGCAGAUGUUGAAGUGUUUCGCACCAGAUACUCCGUUAUUGAGGGCACGCUCUUCCGGCAACAGGCCCCAGGAUCUGUCAAGGUCCCUCGCGUGGUCCAAACCGGCAAUCUCAGCUCAUUCGUCCACGGCAGAAUUACCAAAUCGUUUGAUCUGAGCACAGAACCACCAGUAGAUGUCUCGAUUAUUAUAGGAACCCCCAUGCAAGCCAUGCUGGUGGUCGUCAUGUCCCACGUCGUUGGCGACGCAGCCACAAUGGCGACUUAUCUCAACCGGGUCUCCAGGACAUACGACCUCCUGAGGUCAAACUCGCAAACAACAAACACCUCCACCGUACCAGAUAAUCUGACCUAUAUCGACUGGGCACACUGGGCUUCGACGCUACAACCCAACCCCCGAGCGCUCACCUUCUGGUCCUCGUACCUCUCCAACCCCCCCUCGCCACUUACGUUCGGCAACCCAUCCCCAGCACCAGCAACAUACAUCGGCCUCACCCGCUCUUGGACACUCCCCCCCUCAAUGUACCGCAAGCUGUCUGACCUCGCCGCCAAAGCUUCCGUUACCAUGCACCAGCUCAUCCUCGCCGCCGUCUUCUUCAGCCUCCAGUGCGUCGACCGCCGCGACGACAUCCUCGUCGCUGCUCCCUUCACGCACCGCACCGAGCCCGGUACCGAGUCCCUCCCAGGCCUCUUCCUCGACCGCCUCCUCCUCCGCAUCCAACGCUCCCCACACCAAUCCUCGAUCUUCGACUUCCUCUCCUCCGUCCGCGAAACCAGCCAACAAGCCCUUGCACACGUCAUCCCCUUCCACACCCUCCGCCACUCCCUCGCCCACAAACCAAGCCUCAUCGACCCCCUCUUCAAAGUCAUGGUCACCUACCACACAGCCGCUGAUCAACGGCCCCUCCUAGACCUCUCCGGUGCGGAAGUCCAGCCCAUUCCGUGGCGCCAUACAGGAGGUUCCAAGUUCCCAUUGAAAUUUGAGUUCACUGAGAUGGCGACACAGGACCUCGAGGUCGACAUGGAGUAUGAUCUGGGAUGUAUCAGGGAAGAUAUCGCACUGAGGCUGGAAUUUGCGCUUUCCUUUGCAUUACAGCUUAUGGUUCUCGAGAGGGAGACGGAUGAUAUCAUCCAGCUCGUUCAGAUGUCAUUUUGCCCUGGCGAGGGCAGUCCCGUAGGGCUAACACCUUCACACGAGGGUUCGGCCGAGUUGACCAAUGGGACCAACAAGACGGAUAGUACUACGGGGCAACAGGAGCUCGAGAAUAACCUCACGGAUGUAGUUUGUGAAUGUUUGGGACUUGAGAUUCAGGAUGUGGACGCGGACAAGUCUUUCUGGGACCUUGGGGCCCAGAGCAUGGAUGCACUGAAACUACAACACCUAUGCGAGAAACGGGGGGUCAGGGUUAGACUGCGGGAUAUAUUUGUUUCUAGGAGUCUUUUGGAGUUGGCAACCUGCGCUGUCAUUAUUUGA